UGUCUGGGUGUCUGUCUCUUAAUACCGCCGUUCUUUCCUUUCAUCCUUGAGCGUGCUGUCAAGUGGUUAGCUUGUGCGGUCACUUCAGCGUGUGUGUGUUUGUCUUCAUCUUGGUGAUGGGCCUCGUUGUGUGAGUAGAGUGUUUUUUCCUAUGCACUGUUCAAUCGAUCUCAACUUUCCCUUUACUAUAAUGCUGUUCAAAGGAAACCCAGUGUUCAGAACAGUGGAUAAACAGCAGGGAGGUUCGAGCGCGGUCGUGAUUGCCGUGGUGGUGUGCGUUCUGCUGCUUGUCGUCCUGGUGGCUAUGCUCUACUUCCUUAGUAACGCUAAAAAGCUGAGCUGUGGGAAAAAGAACAAGAACAAUGGGGCAUCUGGGGACAAUAAAGAUAAUAAGCUCAGUGUGAGAGUCAGUGAAGAGUUUGCUCCAUUAAAUACAGAACAGUGUUAAAAAGAAGAAGAAAAGAGACAAGAGACGUCUACAGGGAUGUAGAGGAUGGCGGUGGAAUUAAGAGAGCUCUGAUGGAGGAGAAGAGAAAAUGAAUUCAUUUUAGCUGUACAGUUUUCUUUUUUGAAAGAUUACGGGAGGGGCUAUUAGAUUAAGGGUGGGUUUCUGUUUUUUGGAGGGGCAAUGAAUGUAAAUCUGCCAUUUUUUUGAGGGUACAUACUAUGUCCUGAUUGUGUUAUCAAGCCAAUCUUUGUAAUGCAACUCUGUGAAAUAGAACACGACUUAUUGCAGUGUUCUUCUACGCAAAACUAAGCAGAAAAGUCACUGUCGGCACUGGUUCUUCACUCUGUGCUUCACCCUGGUUAUGUCGAUUAGUUCAUGGUGUUAAAUAGUGCAGUACAGCCUCUUUUUGCAUUACAAAAUGCACUUUCUGUUUAAACUUUAGAUAGUGAGCUGCAAACGUGCCAGUAUCCCGGUUAGUAAGCCCUAUAGAUCACUAUACGCUUUGGCCACGAUCUGCUUGGAGCAUAUGGAUGUGCCAUUAUACACACUCUUCAGCUGUACAUUUAACGCUGGAAAAAUAAUCAAGCUGUCAUUAAUAUCAUAUGGUCAAAUAUUCAUAUUUUUGCCUUAUAUAUUACUACUAUGACUACAAAACUGAUAUUUUAGACUAUGCCUACAUGUCCAACACCUAUAUGUUUUGAGUUAAAUUCAAUCCCAUUCAAACAAUAUAUUUGGACCAGUUUAGCUCAAGUCUGAGAUUUUGGAAGAGUUACAGAACUAAUUCAAUCAUCUCAUUUCCUCUGAACUGCACUGAAUUUCAUCCAACAUUAUUACACAUGGGUUAGUAAGGGGACAGGACAGACUUUUUCUUUUAAAAUACCUCCUAACAGGAUAAGGCAUUCACUAGUUUAUAUAGUCUCAACUCCAUUAUUCCUUUUGGAUAAUUCAAGUGCUGAGCAGUAUUGGAAAUGAUCUACUUACUGGGCAGAAAUCAUUACGAACAUACUGUCACAAUAUACUAUUCAGUUUAACUUUUUAUAUCACUGAUAUCACUAUGUUUUCCAUUAUUUAUAUUUAGAGAAAAAUAAAAUUAAACACCUUCAGCCUUUUUUUUUUUUUUUUAAGUUUUUGCUGUGUUAGUUAUGUGAAACCCCGAGAAUUUAUACUUUUAAAGUCAUAAUUCACACAAAAACAAAUUCUCAUCAUUUACUCAUCCUCAUUAUCGUUUAAAACCUAGAUAAUUUUUGGAAGACAAAAGAAGACAUUUUGAAUGGUUUUUGUACAUAAUGUAAGUCAACGGAUCCAAAAUCAAACUGGAUCCCACUGAUUUUCAAUGUAAAACAGAAACACUGAGAAUUACAUUUUGACAUAAUUUUCAUUUUUGGGUGAAAUUUUUUUUUGUUUUUUUAAACCACAAAUAUGAGUGAACAUGGGGUGUGAAAUUAUUUCUUUGAGCUUGUAUAUGACAUUACACAUUUCUGUGUUUUCAUAUAUAUAUAUAUAUAUAUGUUAUCUUAGUAAAAGCACACUGUAGUUCAGGUGGCACAGCUGGAACAUUCUAGAAUCACUAUGUGGUUGGAAAGACCUGUAAUUUUUUUCCCCCCAGGCCCUACUGUUAAACAAAGCUAAGAGCCUUGUUAUUUGCUUCAAAUAUAUAUAUUUUUUUGAGGACCAACAAAACAGUGAUUCUAGACUCUCCAGUUAGCAGGGUAAGUACAAUUGGAUGAGGAAAAAGAGUGGACAGAGGAGAAAUGAGAUGGAUAGAGUGUGGGAGAGGGCUUGGUUUGGAUAUAAAAUUAUUAUUUUUUACUUACUGAGUCUUUGUGUGUAGUUGAGAGUAUUUUAAUGAAUCUGUAUGUAUUAAUUUUCCAGCAGACACAUGGAACAUGAGCAUAAAUAUCUCUGAACAUUUAAAACACUGGAAAAUGCAUGAUGGCCACUUUAUAAAGGCCUCUGUUUAAGCUUCCUCAGAAUAUUUUUUUACUUUUAUCUUUGAUGCUAUUUUUUUACAUUUACUGAUUUCAAUUUGCAAAAUGUACUCAUAUGUUGUGUCAAUGCCACGUGUGAUUUAUAGUUCUGGUCAAUAUUUGCCUACAAGACAUUUGAACACCCAUUUUGUAGAAUAUUGUGGGGAAAAACGUUUUCUUAAGAAUACAUGUCGUAACUACUGAAUGAUUUUUGAAUUUUGCAAGAAAGAAGAGCGCUGUUUUGCAUAAGAUGUCCUACUUUAUGGCUCUCUGCAAGUGUUUAUGCUCUCCAGGUGAUCUGUAUAUUUGUGGUAUGCAUUUGUGAACUUUGUUGCUUGUCUUCUUUUGAUUGGAACUGUGUAGAAUUUAUACUGCAAAAACAAAAACAACAACAAUUCCAAA